GGCUUGCCCUCUUUUGUGCUCCUCCGUCGUCCUCACUUCUCACUUCCCCUUCCCCUCCACCCAUCUCCACCACCUCUACCCCUCGUACCGCCAUGACCACACCCACGCAACGCAUCACUCAACUAGCCUCGCACCUCGACCCGCGCACCUGGUCGGGCAAAGGCCUCGCAGCCGUCUCGACCAAAAAUGACAGCGACGUCGUCGUCGUGGCGCUGGGUCGCACGCCGCAAUGCAAGGCGGGAAAGGGCGGCCUCAAGGACACGCCAUUCGACGUCCUCGUCCACCAAACCCUCAAGGGAGUCCUCGGUCGAGUCCCGCAACUGGAUCCCGCCCUCAUCCAAGACGUCGUCGUGGGUAACGUCCGCAACGAGAAUGCAGCCUACUACGUGCGCGCCGCUGCCCUCGCUGCCGGCAUCCCCAGGGAGUGCCCCUCCCUCGUCGUAAACCGCUUCUGCUCCUCGGGCCUAAUGGCCAUUCGCACCGUAGCGAACCAGAUCCAAUCCGGCGAGAUCUCCUGCGGUCUCGCGGCAGGCGUCGAGCACAUGAGCUCCCACGCCAAGUCGGCCCCUCAUAUCCACGACGACUUGGCAAAGGCGAGCCAGGAGGCCAAAGAUUGCGAGCUGCCCAUGGGUGCUACGAGCGAGUUUGUCAGCCAAGACUUCAACGUCAGCCGCGCAGACCAAGAUGCUUACGCUGCACGCAGUCACCAAAGAGCGAGCGCAGCGCAGAAGGCAGGCUACUUUGACGAAGAGAUCUUCCCCGUCCAAGCGCACGUCAAGGAAGGAGACGCCACAUCGUACAAGGUAUUGACGCAGGACGACGGCAUCCGCCACGAUACUACAGCCGAGAAGUUGGCAAAGAUUCGUCCAGCCUUCCCCGAGUACGCAAAAGAGGGCGGAGAGGCGGCCACGACGGGUGGGAAUGCGAGCCAGCUCACCGACGGCGGAGCGGCCAUGAUCCUCAUGACGCGUCGCAUGGCAAAUGAGCUUCAGCUACCCAUUGUAGCAAAGUACGUCGCAACCGCCGUAGCUGGUUUAGCGCCAAGGAUCAUGGGUAUUGGACCUUCCAUCGCUAUUCCCAAGCUUCUCGAUCUCACCGGCGUCAAGAAGGAGGAAGUCGACGAAUUCGUCGUCAAUGAGGCUUUCAGCUCCAUGGCCGUCUACGUGCAGCGUCAACUCGGCAUCCCCGAUGAGAAGUACAAUACGACAGGUGGAAGCUGUGCCCUUGGUCAUCCUCUCGGGGCCACCGCUUUAAGAUUAGUCGUGCAGGGGCUCAACAACAUGAAGCGUACGGGAGGCAAGGUCGUGGUGAUCAGCAUGUGUGUGGGCACGGGACAAGGCGCGGCAGGUCUCUUCAUCAGCGAGCAGUAGGGAGCACAAAAAGAGGGACAGCGGCGUUGCUCCUCCCCACACUUCCCCGCCUUGUGUUGAUAUUCUCGAUCAAUGAGAUUCACAGCCCUGAAUACAAGUACUCGAUCUGCUUCCAGGCGUCGCCACCAACGCCGGCAACGACUACGACUGCUACGCCCCUCAGCCGAAGAAGCCUCCCUGUCCGCGCGCGCACUUGCUUCCGCACACU